GCGAUGCUAAGGUUCGCGAAGCAAAAAUGUCCGCCUGAGGGAAAGUCGCUAAGUUGCGAUCAGGGAAUAUUUCGGUGAAUAUCGUUGGAAACGCCUCGAUUCCAAAGUCUGUCAGGCGCCAGGAGGGGAAAAGCAACGGUUCCCUUUUCACUUCCGAUCGGUCCGGUUGGAUUUUUUUAACGGGAAAACAGGUGUAGGCGAGGAUGGCCGGGAUGAACCCCCAGCAGCGGAUCGCCGCUCUCGGCACCGAUAAGGAGCUGAGUGACCUGCUGGAUUUCAGCGCGAUGUUUUCUCCGCCUGUCAACAGUGGAAAGAACAGACCCACCACUCUUGGUAGCAGUCCGUUCAGCGCAUCAGGCAUGGACGACAGGACGAGCCAGGCUUCCUGGGCUACCGGUGGCCAAACCAGUCCAACCUACGAGUCCAGGGGGUUUGCUGGAAGCCCCCAUUAUGGAGAUCACUUGAGCGACGGUCGAUUAGUGUCUCAUGAAGGAUUGUCCCCGUCACCGUUUAUGAACUCCAGCAUGAUGGGAAAAUCGGAGAGAGAUCCCUUCUCCACGUACAGCAGAGAGCUGGCCAUGUCUGGGUGCCAGUCUCUGCGCUCAGAUCUCAGUCUGACCACCCCAGCCUCCGCGACCGCAUCUGGGAAGACGGCUGCCUCCCUCUUUCCUUUCUCCGGCACAAACCCGAGAAGACGCUCCUUACAGGACUCUGCCCCCCUCGAUCCCCUGCAGACAAAGAAAGUGCGCAAGCUCCCGCUUGGACUGCCCUCCUCGGUUUACGCACCAUCCCCAAAUUCCGACGACUUCAACAGAGACUCUCCCUCGUUCCCAUCUCCAAAGCCUCCCAGCAGCAUGUUUGCAAGCACUUUUUUUGAUGGGACUCACGGUUCUACUGACCCCUGGAAUUCAAGCAAUGGCAUCAGCCAGCCUAGCUAUGGCGGGAUGCUGGGGGGUCCUUCGUCUCACAUGUCGCCAUCAGGAAACUACAGCAGCCUGCACUCGCACGACCGUCUGAACUACCCUCCGCACUCAGUGUCACCAACCGAUGUGACCGCCAGUCUUCCUCCCAUGUCCAGCUUCCACCGCAGCAGUGCCAGCGGCACAUCACCAUACGUCACUGCCACCAGCACCCCACCUGUCAGCGUCACGGAAAGCGUCAUGGCUGGGGCCCGAGGCAAUGGUGGCGGGAGUUCCCAGACAGGAGAUGCGCUGGGGAAGGCUUUGGCUUCUAUUUAUUCACCUGACCACACCAGCAGCAGCUUUCCGUCCAAUUCCUCAACGCCAGCAGGCUCCCCCUCACCCCUGCCGCCCGCUGCGGGCACAACAGGUACCAACCAGUGGCCGCGUGCAGCUGGCCAGACCCCGUCAUCUCCGAGCUACGAAAACUCCCUGCUCUCCCUGAAAAAUCGAGUUCAUCAGCAGCUCCACGAGCAUCUACAGGAUGCAAUGUCAUUCUUAAAGGACGUUUGCGAGUCCCGCAUGGAGGACCGGCUAGACCGGCUGGAUGAUGCCAUUCACGUCCUGCGGAACCACGCGGUGGGCUCCGCUCCCAAUCUGCCCACGGACUUGCACAGCAUCCUUGGACAAGCGCACAGUGCCCCAGUGGGGACCAUCGGAACAAACUUUCCAGCUUCAGGAUUGCUUUCCAGUCGGACUGCGUCUAUGGUCGCAGGUCACCGCGAGGAUGCCACCAGCCUCAACAGCAAUCACGCUGGGCUGCCUGGUACCGGGCCCACCUCCAGCUCGGAGCUGAACCACCAGAGCGACGGUUUCAGAGGUCUUCCAGGAGGCCUCGCUGGCCAGGUGACCCCUGCUCUGGAUCUCAAGGUGGAGAACCAGGACAAAGAGGAGCUACAUGACAGUCCCUCCUCUGAAGACAUCAAGUCUGAAAACGAGAGUGACAAGAGGGACAUCAAGAUUCCCCGAGGAGGCACCCGCACCAGCAGCAUCAAUGAAGAUGAGGAACUGAACCCAGAGCAGAAGGCAGAGCGAGAGCGUGAGCGCAGGAUGGCCAACAACGCCCGUGAGCGGCUGCGGGUGCGGGACAUCAACGAGGCCUUUAAGGAGCUGGGCCGCAUGUGCCAGCUUCACCUGAAGAGCGAGAAGCCGCAGACCAAGCUGCUCAUCCUGCACCAGGCCGUGGCUGUCAUACUGAGCCUGGAGCAGCAAGUCAGAGAGCGCAACUUGAACCCCAAAGCCGCUUGUCUGAAGCGCAGGGAGGAGGAGAAGGUAUCAGGCAUGCCGGCAGACCCCCAGCAAGUGCAUCCUGCAGCCCACCCUAGCCUUGCUGAUGGUGUUAAUCCCAUGGGCCACCUCUGAACUGUGGCCAGAUCAAAAUGAUCCAGAACAAUUGUGUGUAAUGAAGAGAUGAUGACCUUGCUUCUCAAGGACAGAUGGAAUUUGCAGCUUUGUGAAAAAAAAUCUAAAGACAAACCACUUGCAGCAAAAAUCCAGAAAAAAAAGCAAUUCUUUGAUUUAAGAAUUUAAAAAAAAAAAAAAAAACGGACAGCCUGGACCGCAAAUGGCGAGUGAACAUCUCUCUGCGAAGCCAUUUGGCACCAAUCAGCGAGUUUCUGCCCACAAGUGAAAAGUUCUGCACAUAGUGUCCUGUCCUGCGAAGCAGUGCGUCGCACCGGAACAAUCGGAGGCGGUGGCGAUCUUCUCCACGCCACAAGUGGACAUUGACUUGUGCCUACGCUGAAUUGACAAAUGCAUUGUAACCACAAUUGCUUUGCUUUUUUUUUAUUAUUUAUUAUGUUACUGAGUUUAUAAGUCUGUCUAAAGGGAAAGUGAUGAAGUAUUUUGUUUUUGAGAAGCUUUUGAUGAUGAUGAUGAUGAUUCAGUGGAUCUGCAGUUUGCCCUUCACUGGUUGUUCUUCAGCUGGCUGGUGCUGAGCUGUUUAGGCAACUUUAAAGUAGUAAUACUAACAACAUAACUGUACUCACCGCUUAUUGAUCGCAAUACUUGCCCUAACGUUAAGUGGUGGCGGUGUUUGGUGAAGGACUCAAGCAACCCAUUUUAAGCAUAGCGUAAUACGUUGUGUUUUAUCAGUUCGGCAGAUAAGCGUUUAACCAAAACUACGUGCUCACAAGUCUCUGGUUAAGAUUGUGUGCUCCUUGGGCUUGGCGGUUAGCAGCCCAGUUAAGGGGAGCAGGAAAAUGCGGCGCGACUGUCUUCGAGAACUCUGCCGGUUAUGGAACAUUAUGGCUUGAGGAAACUUCAAACUGUGGUUUUCCUAAAACAUUUGCUGCAUACUGACCAGUUUUCUGUCAUGUGCUGCUGGCAGGCAUAGGGGAGAAAAAAUGACUUGCCCCACCAUUUGAACACCCUUAGCAUUCCCUACGUACUUGACAGUGUCUUAAAUGAAGGGACUAGGCCUCUGGUUACUCUCAUUUCUUUGCCAUAUAGUGUUCCAUGUGAAAGAAGAGACUCAUGCUGAGUUGUUUUAUGUUGGUCGAACAGUCACUCGUACAAAAGUCAUGUUUUGGGCUUCUGUGCUGGUUUCCAGUGGCAUUUACAUAGUUCUGCAGUGGAACAAUAGGUCACUCUGAGUAGAAACAAAACGAUGACCAUAUCAUCAUCUGGCCAGAUUGAAAGUGUUGUUGUUUUUUUUCCCUUCUCUUUUAAUAAAAAAAAGAAAAAAAAAAACAAACUUAAAAACUGAAAAAAUAUAUGGAAGUACAUUAUUCAAAGUAACCAAGUUAAUUGCUUUAUUUGUAAUUGUAUACAAAUCAUUUCUCUAGGCUUCAUAGAUGAGCUUGUAAACGUCAAGUGUGAGUUAGCAGAAAGUAAUUCUAAGUUAUUUAGAAUGGCUUUUGUUGUUCUUUUCUUCUGAGCAUUGAAGUACUGAAGUUACUUACUAUUCUGAUUUUAAAGGGUUAACCUGUGUGUGAGGGGAGCCGACUGCAACUGGGUCUCUCUGGCAGGUGGUGAGACAAACGAACGAAAGCGAUUCUGAGCAUUUUAUUUCCAUGCUGGAGAGUGGCACUCACCACUUGAUAUUUUUAGUUUGCUCUCUCUGUCUCUGUGCUUUCAUUUCCUUUUUUCUUUGCUUUCUGCUAGUCUCUCUUGUUUUCCUUUUUCACUUCAUACAUUCUAUAAUUUCCAUAUCGGCUAUAUUCAUUUUCUGACCCUGAAGACAAGGCUGAAAACUCACACUUUAAUUGGCUAUGCAUCAAGAGAAUUUUAACUUUCCAUUGAAAUAUUAUUUAACACACUGAAUAAAGUACAUGCUUUGUAAUUGCUAAAAAAAAUCUGUUAUAUAACUAUAUAUGGCCUUGUUCUUCAUAUUAGUUUCUGAGCAUUAAAUGUUAGGAAAAACGCUAGAGAUAACAUGUAUCACCGCCUGUACCACAGGUUUACCCUCGUUUCUGUUUGUUUUGUCGGUUUGCUUUGGUCCUCUUUUUGCUUUGUUAGAUGCGCCCGACGCCCAUUUACUUUACCUUCAUAAAAUACUGAAAAAUAUAAAAUAAAAAACAUUUGGCUUAUUUUUCACUGUAGUUAG